UGAAUAGGGGAAAACGCACAGCUCAGCAGGCGAGGCAAGGUCCAGAUCCUCUCUGCAACUCUGCAUGCAAAAAGAAAAAGUGCAGAAAAAUGUGGCUGGUGAAUUUCGUGUGUCUUGCUGCUGUGUGGAAAUGGUGCGAGUCAGUGGACAGCGGGAUGCUUUUCCCUCGGGAGUCUCUGUCGCGAGAGGUGAAGGAGCUGAACGGACUGUGGACAUUCAGAGCUGACCUCUCUCCCAACAGGAACCAGGGUUUCGACCAGUUUUGGUUUAAACGUCCAUUAGCAGAGUCUGGUCCGGUCAUUGACAUGCCAGUGCCCUCCAGCUUCAACGAUUUAACUCAGAGCCCUAAACUGAGAGAUUUCAUCGGCUGGGUGUGGUACGAGAAGGAAGCAUGGAUCCCUCAGCGCUGGCUUCAGGACAAGGACACCAGGAUUAUGCUCAGAGUUGGAAGUGCUCACUACUAUGCAGUGGUUUGGGUGAAUGGGGUCCAGGUGAUGGAGCAUGAGGGCGGCCAUCUUCCCUUUGAAGCGAAUAUUAGUGAUGUGAUCCGGAUGGAUGCGAGUAUGCCGUGCCGUAUCACCAUCGCCGUUAAUAACACCCUGGAUCUGCACACUCUUCCACCGGGAACCAUCCAGUACAUGAACGAUCCUACCCGAUAUCCUGCAGAUUACUUCGUUCAAAACACCAACUUUGAUUUCUUUAACUAUGCGGGAAUACAUCGCUCUGUGUUAUUGUACACAACGCCCAAGGCGUACAUCGAUGACAUCACUGUGACUACUUCCUUCUCAGACAGUACUGGGUUUGUGAAAUACAAUGUGACACCAGGGGGCAGUGCCAAGCCCUCUGUAAAAGUCACUUUAAUGGAUAAAGAUGGAAAAUGUGUGGCCACUGCGAAUGGAACCCUUGGAGUACUCAAAGUGCCCGAAGUCAACCUGUGGUGGCCGUAUCUGAUGCACCAGAACCCAGGAUACCUGUACUCCAUGGAGGUUCAGCUCAAAGCGGAGAGUGGUGUGGAUUACUACACGCUGCCGGUGGGUAUUCGCACCGUCAGCGUCACCAGUACACAGUUCCUUAUCAACAACAAGCCCUUCUAUUUCCAUGGAGUCAAUAAGCAUGAGGAUUCAGAUAUUCGAGGAAAGGGCUUCGACUGGCCUCUCGUCGUGAAAGAUUUCAACCUGAUGAAGUGGAUGGGUGCAAACUCGUUCCGUACUAGUCACUACCCGUAUGCUGAGGAGAUCCUGCAGAUGGCUGACCGCCAUGGCAUCGUGGUUAUUGACGAGUGUCCCGGAGUGGGCAUCAAAGACAUACGCAGCUUUGAUAAUACGUCACUGGCCCAUCACCUUGUCGUCAUGAAGGAGCUGCUGAGACGGGAUAAGAAUCAUCCCUCUGUGGUCAUGUGGUCUGUAGCCAAUGAGCCGGCGGCUGAGAUGCCUCCAGCAGGCUACUAUUUCAAACAACUGAUAACGUACACAAAAUCUUUGGAUCCGACGCGUCCGGUGACCUUCAUCACAGACAGUAACUAUGCCAGAGACCAAGGAGCUCCCUAUGUAGAUGUGAUCUGUGUGAAUAGCUACUUCUCCUGGUACCAUGACCCUGGGCAUCUGGAGGUCAUCUCCAUCCAGCUACAAACUCAGUUUGAUGACUGGUAUAAAAAAUACAAGAAACCCAUCAUACAGAGCGAGUACGGGGCAGACGCUGUAGCAGGCCUACACAAUGAUCCCCCGUCUAUGUUUACUGAGGAGUACCAGAAAACCGUCCUGCAGAACUACCACAGAGUGUUUGAUCAGAAGAGGAAGGACUUCGUUGUGGGAGAGCUCAUCUGGAACUUCGCAGACUUCAUGACAGCUCAGGGUAUCACUCGUGUGGUGGGCAACAAGAAGGGCAUGUUCACUCGGCAGCGGCAGCCCAAAGCAGGAGCUUUCCUUCUGAAAGAGCGCUAUUGGAGGAUCGCCAAUGAAACAGGUGUCCUGUCUACAUGGGCCAGAUACCCCUGCCUGUGAAGCCUCCACUCUGGCUGCCAUGUUGUGUGUGUGUGUGUGUGUAUGAGAGAGAGAGAGACUACAAAUAUGAGCUGUGAAAAAGAGUCGAAAUCUUUCAUACGGUGCCUUUAAAUUUAAAAAAAUUUUAACAUCAUUUUUAAUAAAGCAGUAAAGCACUUCAUCUUACUGUGCACAAAUCAGCACGAAUGUCGUAGGUGUUAAUGUAGGAGGUUAAUAACACUAGUACUGCUUAAACAAUGGCACAUUACCCAAGCUGGGUCAGCAGAUGCACUAUAUUUUCUUCUCACUAUAUCCUCAGGUACCCGAAAAUCCAUGUUCAGUGACCACGCAAUGAACUUUCAUCACUGUAACAUGACCAAAGUGCAUGAUUAGUGUUCUCCGAGACCUGCAUUUCUGUUUCUCCCCUAAUGGUUUAGAUUCACAUUGACAUUUUGUUGUCGGUGUCAAACGAAGACUUUUUAUCUGAACAAUGUUAUUUUGAGGCAUCUCCGUUUUAGGAACAUAAUCCGACGUGACUGUUACAUCUCCAGUUAUAAUAAGUAUUUCACUUCUCUCUUUGUUUUUUUUUUUUUUUGUUGUUGUUUUUUCCCGUGACGUUCCAGACAUGACUUGCAUUCCGGCCUUGUUCCCGACCCUGAGAGCAGUAAUUAUUUAUAUAUAUAUAU